AUGACCCAACUGAAGUCGGCACUCCUUGCCGACUUCAGUCGGAUCUUCACAGUGGGACGCGGCUUUCUCGAACACGCUGCAGGAGGUAGCUCUCUUGAUCUUUCUGCUGUUCUUAAGCUUAAUUAUCCUGAGAAAUCCGAUAUCAAAUCUAGCUUGGUCAAUGGUACCGUCGAGAGCUUGGAUGCAACCAAUAGCCCAAAUCACUUAAGUUCCAUACAGGUUUUAGCCUAUGCCCAGAAGAAAUAUGGGUACACGAUGAUCUCCCAAGCGGAGGAAUCGUGCUCCCAUCAUAAAUUUGAGGAAGAAUCGGUAGAAUUUGAUUCUAAUUCCUACUGUCCUAGAUUCUGGAGUUUAGCAGAUCAGUUCUUUAGAUUGGACUAUGGCAGUGAUUGCUCUAGUCCGAAUUGUGGCCCUUUCGGUACGAGUCAUGACUUAUUCAUGUCUUUGAAUCAAAUCCAGUGUACAGAGGAUGGAAGGUUUCAUUUUUAUAUAGGUUUCUCCAAUGGCAGUGAGCAUCCCUACAAUAGCUUGUUCGUGCCUGAGAAGUCCUUAGUUGCUGAGGGGUUCUGGGAUCCAAGUGGGAACCGGCUCUGUGUCAUGGCUUGUCGCAUACUUAACAUUCAAGGGGAUUCUCUGGCAACUGCCUCGGUUGAUGAUUGCACAAUUGGGUUUCGCUUAUGGUUUCCUGAAGUGUUGUCAAUCAAGAGUACCAGCAGCGUCGUCGGUCAUAUGUGGAGCAACAAGAAUGUGAAUGAUAUCAGCUAUUUUAGCAAAGUUUCAUUCUUUAGUUUCGGCGACAAUUUUGGGCUCUCUCCUGGUUCAAAGUAUAAGUACACCAAAUUGGAUACCGUGAGGAACUUGUGUGUAGUGAAUGAUGUUGCAAAGUUGGAGAAGAGGAAAUAUCCUGGUGGACGGUCCUUCCGCGACAUGAAAUUUGGUUUCUAUACAACAAACUCCAAUGGCAAGAAUGCAUGGGGACAGGCAACACCGAUAUCACUUGGUGAGACGCAUUAUCAGAAUGCUGAUCCAUCGGGAUAUGUAACUCCAAUAUCAGUCGAUGAGACAUACUAUGGAGAUUUUGAUUCCUUCGUAGCAAAACCAGCACGAACAUUGGUAAAGAAGGAGCAGACCCACUGGGAUGUAAGCUACAGGAUGAGCUAUACCUUCAGUGGUUCAACAGUGGAUGAGAAUGUGCCAACUGAGAUCUCAGCAGAAGGGAUAUACAAUGCAAAAACUGGCAUGCUCUGCAUGGUAGGAUGUCAGUAUCCAAGCUAUUCAUUUUCUGAAAAACAAGGAAAAGGUGUGAAUAACUCCAUGGACUGUGAAAUUCUCAUCAAUAUCCAGCUUCCCCCUCUGAAUCCAGAGACUGGAGAGCUUUUUAGUGGCACAAUUAAGAGUACAAGGGAGAAAUCGGACCCUCUUUUCUUUGAUCCUGUAGAGGUUUCCGCAUAUGCUUUUGUCAUAACAGGCCAAACGGUCCGGAGAAUGGAUAUAGAAAUCAUUAUGGUUGUGAUCUCCCUCACACUUUCAUGCAUCUUUAUCGGAAUGCAGUUUUACCAUCUCGAGAAGCAUUUUCCUUCUAUAUCCAUCACGAUGCUUGUUGUUCUUACUCUUGGCCACAUGAUCCCUUUGACGUUGAACUUCAGAGCAAUGUUCUAUAAGAAUCAUGACCCACCGAACAUUCUGCACUGGAGCAAUGGAUGGCUCGACGCAGAUGAGGUUAUUGUGAGGGCCAUGACAAUGGUUUCUUUCCUGUUGCACUUCUGUUUACUUCAAGUGGCAUGGUCUUCUAGGUCAGCGAAGGAGGGCAGGGAGGGCCUGUGGGUCGCUGAGAAGAGAGGUCUCAUGUUGUGCUUGGCUUUGUAUCUUGCUGGUGGACUAAUUGCCUGGUUUGUUCACACGAGGCUGUAUGAAUAA